AUGGUCGGGCCGGGCGUCUUUCGGGCUUUGCUGGGCCUUCUGUUCUGCUUCUUCUGCGCAUGCCUCGCAAUUCAUCCAUCUGUGAGGGCCGUUGACAAUGCCAGCAGCGUCCGGCGUCUCGAAGAAGAGCCGGCCGACACCAUCGAUGUGUACGACCUGGACGGUGCAAAAGGAUUCGUCAUCCGUCGCGACGGAUGGACCUCAAAUUUUUACCAGGAGAAUUCGUUGGGCGUAGCAGACUUCGUUGGCGACGUGAACGAUGACGGAAUCGAUGACAUUCUCAUCGCGGACCACAAGAGAACGCCAGACAACGUCUACCUAAUCUUCGGGCGACAAGGGGACAAGCCGUUUGGCUCGCCGGAAUACACGCUGGGAUCGUAAGUGGACGCAAGAAGCUAACUGCAAACGAUGUGUCUGUCUUUUCUUUGAUUGUCAGCGACGGUGUCCGUUUCUUCGAUUCUCAUUCCCCUGUUGAUGCCAGCGUAGGAUCGAGCGUUAAAGGGCUGGGCGACUUCAACGGUAUAGCCCAGCCCAGCCCUGCAUUCAUGUACGCAUUUCUGACUGCAUGCAGGCGAUGGGGUGCCUGAUUUUGCCAUCAGCGGAGGCUGGACGCACAGUAAGAGUGAAAGAACAUGAGUCCGCAGCAAUCGUUCUGACCGCUUUCUUUGAUCAGCCACUCCCCGAUGGCAAUGCUAUAUUGUCUUUGGCGACCCAACAUGGCAAGCAAGUGCGGCGCCAGCGGUCGAUUUCGAUCUGGCCUCGAUGGACGGCACGAAUGGCUUUCGGAUUCGCUAUAACCACCCCGAGUCGGACUUUUAUUACUGUCAGCCGAGUCAAGGGUAAGAGAAGAAAGCCAAGCUUCCAGCAUCACUUUUACCUGUCGCCUCCCCAUCCAGAGGCGACGUUGACGGUGAUGGCUAUAACGAUGUCGUGCUGGGAGGGUACCAAAUAAAUGCAGUCGUCCUUUACGGUAGGAGACAUGAGACACCAUGAUAGUAUCAGACCGUCCAUUGGUUCUAUUUCUGAAUAUGCAGGCGGACCAAUGCCGUAUCUGCCGGUCGGCUUUGGUGGCAUCCUGGACUUGUACUCGACUGACAGCCAAGUGCCCCAUUUUGAUGUGAUCUGCUCCGCCUUGGAUCUCGAAGGGGCCGGCAGCUCAGAUGCCAGACACACGAUAAGACGUCCUGACUCGCGUGGAUGGCCAUCGGACGACCUCGUAUUCGGCUGGCCGAUUGGGGACAUUGGUAGGACCGGUAGGAGCGAGAUACUCAUUUGGGAGAAAACAGAGAGGGAAAUCUUGUUUGAGAAUAACGAAUAUGAUAAGCAAAACUGGAGGCUCUCAUACAAGGACUUCUCCAAAUACAUCAACGAGAGCGAUGUCAAAUGUGCGGACCUGAACAAGGUUGCUUCGGCAAAAGAAGAAACCUCUGAGAGUGUCUACGAUCGCGAUGACAAGCAAGACAUUCGCGUCGGGUCCAUCAGUGAUGUCACAGGUAGAACAAGCGCAUACACAGAGGACAUCUACAUCCAGCCGAUUGGUGACGUCACAGGCGACGGAGUGACAGACUUCAGCUAUAUGUGGUACAUCUACUGGAGCGACACUGAGACAUUUGGGACGGAGAUUGAAUUCGAAACGAAAGUCGAACCUAGAUUUAGGGAACAGAUGAGCAUCAUCGAUGCCGGCGACUUCAACGGCGAUACCAAGCCUGACCUCUUGGUGUCUGCUUCGUUCCAUGACAAUUACAAAGGAAGAGCCUACAUAAUCUACGGACGCAAUGGCAAUCAGCUGGGGGAGACGUCCGAUCCAGAGGCAAUGAAUAUCUCUCAGGGAGUCAAAAUUGAGGACACAGUGUCACAACCACCUUUACACUCUUUUCUCGGCCGGCAAAUCGGUCGGGGAGAUUUCAACGGUCAGCAAGAGGAGACCAACGUCAUUAAGCUAGACCAACGUCAUUAAGCUACUACCGUGAAUUCAUCGCUUUCUUUGUGUGGCUGCAGGUGAUGGUGUCUCUGACAUCAUCAUCUCUACAAAUUCCAUCCAAAACAAGUUCAUGUCGGAUAUCGGCAAUCUAGAAGCAGGCGCAUACGUCGUCUUCGGCUGCUGUUUCUCAGCGGCAAAGCCCCCCAGCAUCCCUCAGCAGGUGGGCAGCUCCACUGAGGAUGUCGGCACCAGCUAGGAGCCCACUGCCCCUGACGGACUCAGCACCAUCAGUCAGGAGCCCGCCACCAGCACAGGUGGGUACAGCCAACAGUGCAUGAGCACACUCACCAGUGACACGCUCCGUAAUGACCUGUCCCUGUCACACACAGGGGAGCCCCCUGCCGGGGACGACGGCAGCAGUGCAUUCAGGUGCGAACACCAGCUACCGUUGCCGACGGAUACACAGGUGUCUCCUUGUGUCUUCGUGUCCUGCCGUGUUGACUGCGUCUAUGCAGCGACGGUCCCCUCCAUCUGCUGCUUCUGGCACUGACCGUUCUCACACUCACUCAGUGA